AUGUUCUGGAAUUAUUACCAGUAUCAAUACUGGACUUUUUCAAUUUGAUUUCUGGAUUUUUUCUCUAACAAACUAUAUUUUUUUUUUAUUUUCAGCAUAAUAUAUUAAUUUUCCCUUUAUCUAAUCAUCUAUAUAAUGUUUGGAACGUUUAUAUCAUUGUAUGAUUUUUAUUUUGUCCCGUAAUGUUGAAUAAUCUUUAAAACCAAAACCGGCAGACUCGUCAAUAAACAGUUUAGAAUAAUAAAAAUCGUUUAACUACCAAAAUGUCAUUACAGAGUACGUAUUCUAAUGUAAGAUGGGCAUUUAAUUUUGGAAAUUGGAAACCUCUAAAGGAACAUUGGAAACUUGCUGUCCAAUGUAUUCAAAAAGAAGAAAGGGAAAGAUGUUAUCAGUUUUGUUUCGUCGAAGAUUGCAAAGCUUCCUUGAUUGGCCGAUUACUUAUGAGAAAAGCUGCAUCUGAAAGCUGUGCUUUACCAUAUGAUAAACUACAUUUUCUUAGGACAAGUUCUGGCAAGCCUUUUCUAGGAGAUACAAAUAUUAAUUUCAGUUUUAAUAUCUCACAUAAUGGGGAUUUCUGUGUUUUAGCUGCUUCUAAGCAGAGCAUGAAUAUUGGAGUUGACGUUAUGAAAAUUGAACAUAGAGGAAGGAGAACAGUUGAAGAAUUUUUUACUACUAUGAAAAAACAAUUUUCUUCAUAUGAAUGGGACUUUAUCAGUCAACCUGGGUUUGAAAUUGAACAGUUAGGAAGAUUCUAUAGACUAUGGUGUUUAAAAGAAAGUUAUGUGAAAGCGGUUGGUACUGGAAUAUCUUGUGAUCUUCAGAAAAUAAGUUUUCAUUGUCAAACUCCUGUGCUUCAGCAAAACAUUAUUACUAUUGACACAAAAUUAUAUUUGGAAGGGAUUAUACAGCCAAAGUGGAGAUUUGAAGAAACAUUUCUAGACAACAAUCACUGUGUAGCUGUAGCUUUAGAACCUAAUAAUACAGGAUCUGAAUCCAGCGACGAAAAUUUUGAUCACUCAUCUAGUUGUUUUACAAUAUUAAGUUUUGAAGAUCUUAUGAUAAACUGUAAACCAUUUGAAAACAUAGAGCAAAGUUUUUGGGAAGCUUUUCAGUCUAAAAAUCAAAAAUCUUGUUCAUGAAGUUGUUAUUGUAUAUAUUUUAUCCUCUUAAGUAAUGUCAUUGCAGAAAAUUUGUUGUUAUUUGUAAAUUUUAAUACAGUUUUUGAUAAAAAAAUAUUUUGAUUUAUUUUAA